AUCCUGCGUGUAAACAAUUCCAUGUACGCAAACUGUGUGAUGAGUCGAACGUGUUUAGAACACGAUUGUUCGUUAGCGACGUGUUUCUUGUAAAAAUGAGCCCGUGUUUUUCUGGACAGAGAGAAAAUAAUGUUUGAUUUGUGAUCUGAUUUGGAUUACUUCCUGAUGCUACUGCAAUCUAGCGAUCAACUUUGUAGUGUAUACAAUUGGACCUACAUUUUGGCUAAGAUGUAGAAUGGGAUCCAGUCCCUCUCAAGUAGGCACGAUUAAGCAAGAGGAAACUAUAAAUGUAGCCAAAAAAAUAACAGAAGACAACUCUAAAAAAACUACGACGACGAAAAUGUCUACAGAGACUGACGUUUCGUCCGAAAACUACGCAAGUAACAGAAAAAGACCAACUGUAGAACAUAAACAUUGGGACGAAUGGGACGAUGUCGCCACAGAAAUGUCAAAUUUAAAAGAUGAAUUAGACGAACUUCUUGGUAUGCCAUCACCCGUGAAUAUGAAGAAAAAUGUAAAUGUUCCUGAGCCUCUGACGUAUCCAGCAAAAAGCUCGCCAGCAAAACCAAUGAAAAAAGAACUCGGAAAAGGCAAUACAUGGAAGAUGCCAGAGGAACUAGUAGAGAGGGAAUUGAAUGCACGGCACAUGCGCAUUCUAAAUAAAAUGAAGGAACUAAUGAUUGCAUGUGAAGAUGAAGACAUUGAUGAUACAUCACCAUGGAUACAGUCAAUGUGCAGCGAUUCUCCUGAUGAGGCAAUGGAGCCCAAAUUGCCACGUCAAGACCAACUGAAGGAGGAUACGUCUAGAUUUGAUCCUAAGAAAUUCAAGCAAGCAAACAUAUACAACAAGCGUACGAAUGAUUUUGAAACAUUGUCUUCAUCGACCACCAAUCGUACAGGCGGCACUAGGUCCAGUAAGACGCCCACAUCGUCUUCAGUGGAAUCAAAGCCGCCCUGCAGAUCCGAACUAGAAUACAACAGCUCAGAGGAGGCACUUAUGAAGAGCAUAGAAAAUGAAUAUUCAUAGAAAUGAAUAUUCAUGCACUUUAAAUUCAAAAAUACCUUCAGAACCGUACUCAUUAAUACGUUUUCAAUUGUGUUUUAUGUAUGAAUCGUCCACGUAUGGGUUCUUGACUCAUUGAAGAAGUCGAUAAAUAAAAUAAAUACGACAGCAACCAUUGCGACAAAAGACGUUUCGCAGUUCAGUUCAAAUUACUUCAGAUCAUUAAAAGAAGACAGUCACCGAACAACACAAUAAAUAGGGUAUUUGAUCAUCUCUCAAAACGUAGGACCACUAACCAACUCCAUGAUAAAGACUACAUUCACACUGUACUUGGCAUGACUGUCAAAUGAAAUGAACUGAAAUUAACCGUAACACAUUCCAUUUUAGGCCUACAGAAAAAAUCCACUACCACAAUAGAGUAUAUCUGCUGAAAAUCACAAUAAAAAUAACAAAUCACAUUGUAUAACAAAGUGAAUAUCAAGAAUAUAUGAAUCAUACCAGUGUUAAGGCUGUUAAAAAUGAUGUAUUUUUAUGUUAGGCCUAUAACGGGAUGAUAAUAUAAUUAUGACUCACGACGAUAGCAUGACAUUGAUAAUAGGCCUAUACCUAAUAAUGAUUGAUGGUGGUGAUAAUGAUGAUGAUGAUGAUGAUGACGAUGAUGAUGAUGAUGAGGUAAAAAUGACGAUGACGACGGUGAUAAAUAGUAAAAUCCAUGAGUGAUAUUUCUAGCACAAUUCUAAUCAAUAGAUAUAAAAACUGUUGCAUGAUACAAUGUGUGGUUGCAUCUGUAAUAAUUAUGAUGAUCACAAUAGCGACAUGUUAUGGAAUAUUUUCUUUGUAAAAAUCCAUUACACAAUAACCAAUAGAGUUCAUAGAGUAAAAGGACUAGUAUUGCAAAAGCAGUCAUAUUGAGAAUAAAUUCUAUCCUUCGCUAUUUAUACCCAAGGGAGAUUUCGCCAGCUAACGAAAACGAAUGACGAUAAUGAAGAUGACGUAUUCGUCAUCAUUUUCGUAAGGUUGCCGCAAAUCUCCCUACUUACACUACCAAGUAGGCACACUCUCUACAGUCAGGGCACUCACAACAAAGUUAGUUUAUAUUUUUAAUUUAAGGCAAUAUUAUAUUGGAAAUUAAUGAAACAUCUAAAAAUAGUUAGGCCUAUCUAAAUGUUAUCAUAAUAAAUUAUAUUUAGAAAUCCAUUGUAUUUUAUAUAAACUUUGAAAGUAAUCCUAAACAAAAUUGGUCCAUAUCAAAGCAACAAAAUUCAAUUGAAAUCACGAUUUUAUUCAAAACCACAGUAAUUACACAGUAUCAGGAGUCGCAAAGAUGUCUUGGUUAACCAAGAACAAAGCCAUAAGAAAUAAUCUAUACUUUACUACAUUGAUUCUAGUUCAUCGAUAAAAAUCACAAUUAAUAAUAUGCCACUAUUUUAUUGCACUUGAAACUGAAUGACAAGGAAUAUACCAUAAAUAGGAAGCAAAUAUACAGACUCAUAAACAAAGGCAAAUCAACAACAGAGUUACCUUCAUAUAAAAUGGUAGUUUAUAUGCCACUUUUUUGUCCAAUUAUACGAUAACUUGUUUCUAUUGUUCUGUAAAUUUUAAUAAUAUAAAUUUUGUGAAAAAACCCGUAAAAAUUUGGCUAUAGCAUAAGUGAAAGUUCUGUGGAGCUCUUGAAAAAAUUCUGUAAUAAUCACAAUUAUCAAAAUGUUUGGCUUUAACAUGAUCACCUGCAUAAAAAUAAUUUUGAUAUGGGAUGAAUAAACUACUCUAAAGUAUACAGUUGAUAAAACCAAACUAAGAAAUAAUUCUUAUAGCUGUUGUGCUGGUUCUAUUGACUUGUGUCAUCUUACUUUGUCUGUACCAUGCUUCGAAAUAUAAUAAAUGCAGGUCUCACUCCAAUGAAAAACCACAUUUGGGACUGAAAUUUCCAUGGUCUUUACCAGCUUUGGUCUUAGAAAAAAUAUUAUCAAAAAGAUAUAAGACAGGGCUUCAUUUAGGGCUGCAGAAAUAUGGUCUUUAAUUGGAGGUGAUCUUCCAUUUGAGGGGUCUUUAAUUAGAGGAAGACCUGCAUAAUGAAAAGGGACAUACAGUAUUAGUACUACUAAUAAGGAAUACUAGUAAGGAAGCUGUAUCUCUUGUUGGCUAAUUGGUGCCUUUCAUCCUGAACUGUUAUGUAAAUAUCGUUGGUUACACCAUAAUGAUCUAUGCAGACCUAGUUUGUUCAUUACCUAAAGCUCCAUUCACACUAUUUAUGUGACAAAUAUCUGUGUCCUGUCCACAUAGGAGGUAUUUGUCACAUAUGAGGUAUUUUUGUCACAGAACUUGACAGUGUGAAAAAGGCUUAAGGUUUUUAAUAAACUAGUGCUAUGUCCACACUAUCAAACUUUAUGACAAAUUUGUGUGAUGUGCCCAUAUAUGAACAUGAUGUCAUAUUACACCCAAAUAUGGGCAUAUCACACCCAAAUAUGGGCAAAUCACACCCAAAUAUGGGCAUAUUACACCCAAAUAUGGGCAUAUCACAUUUAUUUGUCACAUAAAGUUUGAUAGUGUCAACAGAACUGAAGAAAACUGUAUGCUUUUUGAUAUAGAAGAAAUAAAGAACCUCAGCUAUCAAAAUCUUAAAUUACCAACCCUGUAAUUUUCAUGAUCACUCUUGUCCCUGAUAAGUGAAUAAAUUAGAGUGAAUAUUAAUGUUAAUUAUAAAUGCACAAUCAUAAUAAAUAAUAUUUGAAAGAGGCAAUCAGAAAUCGAAUUAUAAAUAUUUUCUUAUUUCUAGUUAACAUCUACCCCGAUUAUGUUUUUAUCAAAAUUGGGAUAUGGAAAACUCUUAGCAAAUAUGACCAGUAGACAUAAACAUUGCCACAUAGAAAAUACAUUGCACAAGUAAAUAAUGGGGUCCAUUGUAUUGUGGAAUAACAUUACAAUUAACUUUCAAGCAAGUAAAAGCAACAAAGGACUGUACAAAUUUUAGUUCUAAAAACUGACUUUGACAACUGUGUGCUUUUUGACCAUUUUCG